AUGCCUGCUAAGAUGGCACUGGCUAGUUCACUUUCUAGCAAGCCAGUGCCAGCACGCUCCAGAAAAGUUUCUACAGCAGGAGUGGAAGUGCACCAGAGCAAGCUGGAUUUUUUCUGCAAGCUGGGCUAUGGUAAGCAGGACAUCUGCAAAGUGCUGGAGAACCUGGGCCAAGAGGCCCUGGAGGAUGAUGUGCUGAAAGAGCUGAUUCGGAUGGGGAGCAAACCUCAAGCUCUGGAGAGCCAGGCUCAGCCUUCCUCGCUAAAACUUGUUGCCCGUGGCUCAUGUAGCACUUCACCAGGGUCGAAGUGGCUUGGAGAAGAUGAAAGUGAUGCUUCCGAUUAUUUGAGACCCAUUGUGAUUGAUGGCAGCAAUGUUGCAAUGAGUCACGGAAACAAAGAGGUGUUCUCCUGCUGGGGGAUCCAGCUGGCAGUGGAUUGGUUUCGAGAAAGGGGGCACACGUACAUCAAGGUUUUUGUCCCACUCUGGAGAAAGGAGCCCUCUCGCCAAGACAGUCCAAUUGCAGAUCAGCACAUUCUUGAAGAGCUUGAAAAGCAAUCGAUCCUUGUGUACACCCCAUCCCGGAAGGUGAAAGGCAAGAGGGUCGUUUGCUACGAUGAUCGCUAUAUAGUGAAAGUUGCUUAUGAGAAAGACGGAGUCAUUGUUUCCAAUGACCAUUACCGGGAUCUCCAGAAUGAAAACCCUGAGUGGAAAUGGUUUAUCGAGCAGCGACUACUCAUGUACUCUUUUGUCAGUAACAGGUUUAUGCCUCCUGAUGAUCCGUUAGGCCGGCACGGACCCACUCUUAAUAACUUCCUCAGCAAAAAGCCAGUGCUUCGUGAACAAAAAUGGCAGCCUUGCCCCUAUGGUAAAAAAUGCACCUAUGGCAAUAAAUGCAAAUUUUACCACCCAGAGAGACCACAUCAAGCUCAGCUCUCGGUUGCUGAUGAGCUCAGGGCCAAAAUAAAGGUCCCGUUAAGCCUGGGGAAAGAGGAGGAGCAGCAUAACCUCUCACCGUACAGGACCGGAGGAGAGCCUGCACCGCCUGACGCCGGCACAGAAACGCUGCGAGAAGCCAGUGGCUGCGGGGGAGCUUCCUGCUACCCAGGGUGGUCCCGGGGGAGCUGUCGUGAGCAGCCAUCCAGCGCCUGGGCUGGCGGCCCCAGCAUCGAUCUGGGGCUGGGCCAGCAGUUGCUACAGCCAGUGCCUCUGCGAGACCAGCCGCUCCUGGAGAAGAUGUCAGCGCUGUCCAUCAGUGAUGACACGUACGGUUACAAUCGGUUCAUACGUACCUCUCAGGACAGAGAGGUGACAGACAGCCCUCAUCAGUGCGGUGACCUCAGGCACUACCCUUACCCACCAUCCCAUAGCUUGGACCGCACCUGCCUACCAGGACGCCCUUUCCAGCAAACGGUGCUCCCCAGGAUGCGCCCAGACCACAGCUGGCCUCAGGAGUGCUGCGGCAUGCAGGGGAUGGGUCACAGGACCUGCUACGUCCCUGAUGGUGCGCAGCACAAACAGGUCCUGGGGACUCAGCACCAUGUUUUGCCGCAGUCCGCAGCUCUUGCCCCUGACAGGCUUCACUUGUACAGCGAGCAUCAGUUGCAGCAGCAGCAGCACUGUUUCCCCAGCCGGCCCCCACAGCAGCCCUUUCUGUUAGACUCCAGCAACGGGCUGGGCUUCUUCCAGAAAGCCCAUGCUUACCCUGAUGCCUCUUACGGUGACUGCUGGCCCACCCCAGCUGCAAGGCCACCUUCUGCCCAGCAAGCAAACACACACAGGGAGCUGUGCUCCCUUUUCCCUUACGGUGAAGUGAACCACGUCAUGGCUUUGUACCCUGAUAUCAAGGAUAUUGCUAGCUUGACUUUACUGAUUCAAAGACACAGAAACUUGUGA